AUGAUGUAUUACAAAAAAGGGAAGCCUAGGGGAAGAACUGGUAUAGCUAAUUCUGAUACAGUUGUCUUUUCGAGCGAUGAAGAAGAUGUAACAGAACAGACAGAUUGUUCAGCUAAUGCAGGUAAUCUGGUAACUGACAUCGUCAAAGAUAAACAAGCUAUGGGAGGAUUAGCAGAACGAAAUUCUCCUUAUACUACACUCCAUGAUAAUUAUUGGGAUUUUUUAGACUAUACAGAUGAUAGCUUACUGUGUUCAAGGUUCAAAAAUGACCCACUUACUACGUCUCCUAAGAGAUACACGCGCCUUAUGAGUAACAUCACUACGAAUGAUGGCUUUACUAGUCCUGAUUCCAGUCCAAUAAAGCGCAUUAAAAAACGCAAGACAAGAAUAUCUAAUUCCACUUCGAGCUCACAGCAGCCAUCUUCUCCUAGUCCAACUUCCCGUUCGUUGCAAAAUUCAACACCGGGAGCCAAGACUCAAAAACACUCUGCUCCAAAGACCGCAACUCCGAAAGAAAGAGAAGCUUGGAGUAGUUUGUUUGAAAACAUAGAGAAAGAAUCUGUAUUUGAACGGCCAUCAAUGAUUUUGCCGUUCGACAAAAGAGUCAGAAAAGAAACUAACGCAAGUAAUGAAUCUAAGCUAGGAGAUUCUGUGUUUCAUACACUUCCAACUGCUGUAAAUUUAGAAGCUGUCUUUAAUGCAAUUGAAAGUAAUAAAUCUGAUGUAUCUACUGAGGCUCCUCAACAAUCAAAGCACACAUAUCAAGAUAAAAAAUCUAAAGUGAAAAUGUAUGGCGUCGAGAGAAGUUUUUUGACGGAAAAUCAGAUGGAAGAAAAUGAAGGUAAGGAAGAUGACAACAAAGCUCGCGAAAUAGAUGAAUUUAAUCAUACUGAUGACGAGGACAGAAUUACGAAUAUUAACGACUUAAGGUGCUUAGGAAAAAGGAGCCUUGAAAAUGAUGAAAUUAUUUAUUUAUUGGAGGGCCUAAUUUACAAAAACAGUAGUCGAAUACAAUCAAGCAACUCAUUAUUAAUUUUAUCAUUAAUUGAUUUAGCUAAUAAGCUUAUCGCUAAAGAUGAUGUGGGUGCCUUUACCCGAACCAUAGCUGCGAGACUAAGGAAGAUUUUCAAAAAAGUGAAAAGUAUGGAUCAUAAAAAUACGGGUGUUAUAAAGUGGUUGGUGGCAGCUAACUAUUAUCUUUUAGCGCAAUUACUGGAUUUUAAGUUAGAAAGUUCCGCUCUUGAAGAUAACGACGAAGAAUUUGAAAAUUGCGUUUUAUCAAUGAUCGGAGAUGACUUCAAGGUAUUUGGAUUGCUGGCUUUAACCAAAUCUAAUCUUUUUGAUAUGAGAGAAAAGCUUCCUCCAGUCCAUAAAAUGCAACUUAAUUUACUAAGGAAUAUCAGAGGUGUGAAAAAUGGGGAUUUAGUUGAAUCAGCUCUUCGUAUCUAUGAUACCUUGCAUGAAAGAAAAGAUAAGUUAGUUUUACUUUCUUAUUUAGUGCUGUAUUUUGAACAAUUUGAUAAUGUCGAAAAUUAUGAGACAUUAUUACCAAUAUUCGAGACUACCAUUGAUAACAUACAUCAUGGGAAAUAUGAUGAGAUAGAUCUAAAUGUAAUGAAAUUAAUGGUUAUCAUUUCUACAAAUUGCAAUACUACCGAGGGCCAAACUAUCUACAGAAGGCAUUAUGUAUCCAUAUUGUUGCAUUUAAUUAACGAAUUUUACGAAUCUAAUACCACAUGUCAGGUUACUAAUAAUAUGAUACUCUUAUCGCUAGGGUAUUUGAUAAACUUUGUUGAAUAUGAGGAUGUGAUAACUGAACUUUCCAUCUUAAAUCACAAUAUAAAACUAAUCAAGAAGAUUGAUAUGUGUAAAACUGGUGAGCUAUUUCAACAUAUAGUUGGUUACAACUUUAUCUUACUUAGCCAUUUCAAAUUGUUUUUGGAUCUUCAAGUCCCUAAAAGUUUUCUUUUACAAGGGCUAGGCCAUUUUCGAGAUCAAAUUUUGAACAUAGGUAUUAUCGAUAAAAUUGAUAAUUUAAUUUUGAAGUUAGGUUAA